GUGUACGAUGUGGCGCAAAUGAAGAAUGCGUACGUAGUACCGCUCGUGAUUUUCACUGUGAAUGUAUUCUUGGAUAUGAGCGUAAUUUGCAUACCGGGGAAUGUUCUGUACCAGGGUCUUGUGAUCCAACAUCGCCGAAUCCUUGCGACAUUCGUAAACGAGAAAAAUGCAUGCCGCAUUCCAGCGGACGCUACUAUUUAUGUCAGUGUGCUGAAGGCGAAAAGCGUCAUCACGUUACCGGAAUUUGCUUACAAGAUGAAUGCGCUUCGGGUGCUAAUGAUUGCGACAAAAAUGCUCGUUGCAUUGAUACGGAUGAUGGAUACUUAUGUGCUUGCCGGAACGGUUUUUUGGAUCAGAGUUUAGAUCUGGUCAAUAAACCGGGACGUAUUUGUGUAGCUGAAAGGGAUGAAUGCAAAGAUGGUACGCAUAAGUGCUCACCAAAUGCUAUUUGCACAGAUACAGUACAAGGAUAUAUCUGCCGUUGCAAACCAGGAUUUAUCGAUUUCUCGCCAAAUCCCCAAAGCUUCGGUGGCGUUGUUUGUAAAGAAGUUGUAAAUGAAUGUCAGAAUCCUUCCCUCAAUACUUGUGAUAAGAAUGCGAUCUGCAUUGAUACGGCUGAUUCCUAUAAAUGUAUUUGCAAAACAGGCUAUACAGAUUUGGAUGAACUUCGAAAUCCAGGACGAAAUUGUCAGAAAGAAAGGCAUAAUGACCGAUGUAGACAAGGUAAUAAUGAUUGUGAUCGAAAUGCACGAUGCAUUGAGCGUGAUGGUAACGAUUAUGUUUGUGCUUGUACCUCAGGUUAUCGUGAUAAAAGUCCAGAUCCAAGUCGGCCAGGACGAGUGUGCAUUCCAUUAAUUCCGGAAUGUGAUAAUCCGACAUUGAAUGACUGUGAUUCACCGGAUCGUGCUAUCUGCACUGAUACUGAUGAAGGCUAUUUAUGUCGUUGUCGGCAGGGUUUCCUGGAUAUCUCACCAAAUAUUACUUCAAAACCUGGGCGUCUUUGCAAACCAUUAGAAAAUGAAUGCGCCAAGAAAGUUGAUGAUUGCGCUCGAGAUGGUGGGAUCUGUGAGGACACGCCGGAUUCCUAUACGUGUCGUUGCGCAAUUAACUAUUUAGAUGUAUCGUUCGACCGUCAAAAUCGUCCAGGUCGAAAAUGCAAACGACUUAUUGAUGAAUGCCAAACCGGACAGAAUGAUUGCUCGGUUGAAGCAAUAUGUACGGAUACGGAGGAUUCCUAUGAAUGUGCUUGUCCACCCGGUUACAUCGAUGUAUCACCGGAUAUUGCCCGAAAGCCCGGAAGACGUUGCUUAUUGAGAAUAAAUGAAUGUAAAGAAAAUCGUCAUGAUUGUUCUCCGAAUGCAGAUUGCAUAGAUACAGCGGAAUCAUUUAUAUGCAAAUGUCGAGAUGAUUUUGUGGAUGAAUCACCGGAUAUUGCUAACCGUCCGGGGCGAUUAUGUCGACCGGAAUUGAUUGACGAGUGUCGACUUGGGAAACAUGACUGUCAUGAACAUGCAGUAUGCCAAGAUUUACCCCAAAGUUAUACCUGUCACUGCAAGUCUGAAUUUAUCGACCAGAGUCCUAAUCGGGUGGCACUACCUGGGCGUUUGUGCAUUCCAAGACCAACUCCACCACCCCCAGAAUGUCGUAUCGAUGCAAGUGCAUCAUCAUGUAAACAAGAACUGAAUGAAGUUUGUCGUUUAAUCAAUGGUCAACCGAAGUGUGCAUGUCCAAUAAACUAUAGCCGAGAUAAAGGAACGAAAUCGUGUACGGUCAUCAACGAAUGUGACUUUCCUCAAUUAAAUGACUGUCAUCCAAGUGCAGACUGUAUCGAUGAGCCAACCUCAUUUACAUGUCGUUGCAAACAAGGCUUCAAAGACGUAUCCGCUAAUAAUAAGCCAGGACGUAUCUGCCAGCCACAUAUUAAUGAAUGUAAAUUGCCACAUCUGAAUGAUUGCCAUCAAAAUGCGAUAUGUAUCGAUAAGGAAGAUGGUUAUGAAUGCAAAUGCAAUCAGGGUUAUAUGGACCGGAAACCGGAACGUCCAGGAAGAUUAUGUAAGAAGAUGAUUAAUGAAUGCGCAAAAACAGAACUUAAUAGUUGCGAUAAGAAUGCAAAUUGUAUCGAUGAGGAAGAUGGUUAUCGUUGCGAGUGCAAAGAUGGCUUUCUGGAUGUAUCACCGUCACCAACAUUUCGUGGCCGUGCAUGUCGUGCACUCAUCAAUGAAUGCUCUGAUCCUAAAUUAAAUGAUUGUGAUAAGACAGCAAAAUGCACUGAUACCACCGAUUCUUAUCAAUGUGAAUGUCCAUCAGAUUCGAAGGAUAUCUCUCCAAAUCCAGCAUUUCCGGGUCGUGUAUGUCUUGUUUUUGAAAAUGAAUGCUUAACCGGUAAGCACGAUUGUGAUCCAAAUGCAAUUUGCCGUGACAACGAACAAUCAUUUACAUGCGAAUGCGCGCAGGGAUUCACUGAUCGAUCACCAAAUCGUCUCAAUCGACCGGGUCGUGUGUGUGUAGAACUCAUCGAUGAAUGCGCAAGCAAAAGGCAUACGUGUAGCGCUCAAGCGGAAUGCCGUGAUUUGGAAGAAGGUUAUACUUGUGAAUGUAAAGAUGGAUUUAUUGAUCGAUCACCCAAUUUACUUACACAACCAGGACGAGUAUGCGGUACACCAGAAGUUUGUCCAUCAAAUCAUGAAUGCAGUUCAGCAGCUGUAUGUGAACCUCUUGGUGGUAAUAAAUAUGAAUGUACUUGUAUACAAGGUUACCUGGAUCAAUCACCACCUGGAAAAAAAGGGCGAAUUUGUGUUCGAAAUAGUGCAUGCCGCGAUCCACGUUUGAAUAAUUGCUCACGUAAUGCCAUUUGUUACGAUGAACCAAAAGGAUAUCGUUGCGAAUGCGCGCACGGUUAUUUCGAUCGUUCACCUGACGGAACACAAAGCGGAUAUGUUUGUGAACCACCCGCACCUGUUACGCCACCACCAAGACAUCCAUGCCAAGAUCCACUUCUAAAUGAUUGUCAUCCAGCUGGAACAUGUCGUGCAACCGGAAAACAAACAUAUACCUGUGAAUGCUUACAAGGUUAUGUGGAUCGCUCACCGGAUACUCGAAAUAAGCCAGGCCGUAUUUGCAUUCUUACAGAACCGAUUUGUUUGGAUUCAAGUCAGAACGAUUGCCAUCCGGCUGCUAUUUGCAGUGAAACACAAAGUGAUGAAAAGUUUACAUGUCGUUGUCGAGAUGGCUACAUCGAUCAGUCACCGGAUAAGACCAAUCGACCGGGACGGAUUUGUGUUGAACAAGUGAACGAAUGUUUAGAUCGUUCAUUGAAUGAUUGUGAUCCGUUAGCUAUUUGUCAAGACUUACCAGAUGGUUACACAUGUCGUUGUCCACUAAAUUCCGUUGAUCGGUCACCAAAUUCCAAUCGGCCUGGCCGUAAAUGUUUCCAGCAAAUAAACGAAUGCCGAAAUCCAUCACUAAAUAACUGUUCACGUUUCGCAGAUUGUAUCGAUAAGCAGGAAGGUUAUGAAUGUCGCUGUCGUGAUGGAUAUCACGAUGGUAAUCCGGAACAUCCUGGUACCACAUGCAUUUACAUCAUCAAUGAAUGUGAAUCGGCAAACCUGAAUGAUUGUGAUCGUCAUGCGGAAUGCAUCGACCUGCAAGGUGGUUAUGAAUGUCGCUGUAAAGAACCGUAUCAUGAUGAGUCACCACCGGGACAACCCGGUAGAAUAUGUCGCUUUAAUGAAUGUUCGAUUUCGACCGAUAACACAUGUGAUAAGAAAUUUGCAAUUUGCGAAGAUUUAGAUGAUGGAUAUACAUGUCACUGUAAAGCGGGAUAUUAUGAUAAUUCACCGAAUACACAGGAACCGGGCAGAGUUUGCAUUGAAUUUCAAAAAGAGAAAAUCACGACAGUUUUACCACAAGAUGCUCCACGUAUUGAUGGGAUAUUAUGUGGUCGUAAUAAUUAUUGCGCAAUAAAACGUAAUGAAGUAUGUGUUGGCGGUGUUAAAUGUAUGUGUCGACCAAGUGAGGCACGUGCAACAACGAAAGAUCGUUGUGAACCGGUCGAGCGUAUACCGUUCUCAAUUCGUAUACUUAAUAAGGAUGCCGCAACAUUAUCAUAUAGUUCGGAAUAUGGUAGUAGUGAUAAUGCACCGUAUGUUGAGAUAACGCAUUUAUUUACAAAAGACAUUGGACGUGCGAUGAGCAGUACCACAUAUGGAACACGUUACGUUACUACUGAUGUCAAUUAUAUUACUCAUCCAAAAACUGUUAAUAGCUCUUGGCCAGAUGGUUUACUGUUUAACUUUUCGGUGGCACUUCUUCCAACCGGAACACCAACUGAUGUUUGCAACUUGUGGGAACAGUUAGCGAAAUCAAUUCAACGAACUAAUGGUGCUAUUGGUGGUGGAUCACUUCGAGUAGCACCGGAUUAUGAUCAGUUAAAUCCAUGCCGACCAAAGCUACCACGUGGUGAAGCAUGUGGUGCUACUAUUUGUAAUAGUGAGCUGGGAGAGGUGUGUAUCGCGGGAUCUCUGUGCGGUUGUAGGCACGGUGAGAAGCGCUCAUCGCCAACUGAUAUUUGUAGACCGGUGGAAGCAUGGAAUAUUGUUUUAUGGGUAAUACGGAAGAAUGAUGAAAAAUUGGUGUAUACAGAUAUAUUAGCAAAUCCACGGCAUGCGGUAACAAAGGAAUUUGUCAGAAGAUUUGAAAAUGGUAUCGGACAGUGCUAUCCGAAUACCGCAUUAGCUGGCUCUUUUGUUACAGCUGAGGUUAAUGAAAUAAUAGAUCCAGUGAGUAUUAAUGCAACAUGGGAUCGAGGUUUUCUAUUCAAUUCAACUGUUUAUUUCCGGAAAGGAUCAGUACGGUUGCCAUCAGAUGUUUAUCAUAUGCUUAUUCGAUAUAUUGUCGAUCAAAACAAUUAUCAGAUUGGUCAAAGUGGCUUGUACAUUAAUGGUUAUCAACCGGAUCCAUUCAAAGCGUGCUGGAAGAAUAAUUGCCAUCCGAAGGGAAUUUGCAUUAAUCUGGGACCAAAUGCAUAUCGAUGUGAAUGUGGACAAGGAUAUCGAGAUCUGAAUCCAUCAGAUCCUGGAAGACGAUGCUUACCCAAUACUGGCUAUAAUGAGUGUGAAAGAAAAGAAGAUAAUGAAUGCUCUGAAAAUGCUCGUUGUAUUGAUCAGGAACAUCUUUACAAAUGUGAAUGUUUACCAUCAUUUACCGAUGCAUCACCGAAAGAUGCCAUUGCCGGAAGUGUUUGUGUUUUGGAUUACUGCUCAGAUGUUAACUUCUGUCCAGCAAAUACGACAUGUGUAAAUCAGGAACAGCAAGCAAUAUGCCAAUGUGAUCCGGGCUAUGUUGAUAUUCGGAAAAGUGAGAAAAGGACACAGUUGUUUGACCAGGAUACUUUAUGUUUGAAAAUGCGUGAUAUCGAUGAAUGCGCAUUAGGCAUUACCAAUUGUUCAGGUGUUGCGGAGUGUAUUGAUAAAGCGAUAGGUUAUGAAUGUCAUUGUCCGGAAGGUUAUGUGGAUGGAAAUCCGGAAGAACCAGGACGAGUUUGCGGUGCAUUGCUUUGCGAUCUAUGCAAUUCGCAUGGUGAUUGUGUCCACAAUGCUUUGACCAAUAACAUUACUUGUGUGUGCAGUAAUGGUUGGUCUGGUGAAUUUUGCGAUGUGGCACCAUCAAAGGCUUCAAUGAUACUGCUUGUCGUCCUUGCAGUUCUUUUCCUUCUACUCACACUUUGCUGUUUAUUAUAUUUCUGCACGAAAUGUAUCUGUUUUAAACGUCAUAAUUUAUUGUACCGUGAACCAUUUACGUAUCGCAAAGGUGCUUGGCCUUGGUCUACCCUGGAAGCUUCAACAUCAAGCGAAAGUGGUGCUGAUUUUUCAGCAAUGAGUGCCGCAGGCCAUGAAUAUUAUCCGGAAAUUGGUAUUCCACGUGCAAAACUAAAAUCUGGGAAUGGUAUCAUGGAUGAUCAGCAACAUCGAUCAUUAAUUGUAUCGAGGCUUCACGAUUAUCUCGAUGAUGGUAUGCGUAUUCCACGUGCACAUCUUGAUCGUGAUAAUGAUGCAUAUGAUUCUACAUCACAAUCAUCGAGCGAAUAUACCAUACGUGAAGAAAUUAAAAGGCAUGUAAUCACCGACGUUACAAGAAAAGAAACUAAGAAAACAAUGACCACUGCUGAUGUUCACGAUACAACCGCUGAGUUUCACGUAUAUCCACCAAUUGAAGUUACAACCGAAUCACAUUCAUCAUCUCAGGUUGGAACACAUAAUUCUAGUUCAUUGUUAGACAAGGAUGAACAGGAAAGAGGUGAAAGUAUAGCAGAAUUUAGCAUUGGUAAUACACGACGUGAUUGGAAUGCAGCAGCUGGUAGAAGCUGUGAAUUUAGUACGGAUCGUGAUUUGGAAUCAGUUGUCAGUGAUGCAACAGCUGAAGAUGCGGUGUAUGAUAAGAAGACAUCGGUGAAACGAUCACAUAAUUUUGAGCCAACUAUUGGAGGUGGUACCGAGCGUUAUCGUACCGAAAUAACCACAACCAAAUCAACGAAAGGAGUUUCGAAAUAUUGA